UGUACAACUGAAAAUAAAAACAGGGAGGAUCUGCGACAGGUGACAGCGUUGUGAGAGGCUCCCUUUGCCCCAGGGAAGCAUGGCAAAUGUCUCGAAGAAGGUGUCGUGGUCCAGCCGCGAUGAGGACCCGGCUCAAGGCGAAGGCACUCCACUUCUCAACGGGGCCAGCGCAGCUAGAUACACCAGACAGUUUUCCGGGAGCGGCAUAUUUCACAUAGGGAGGCUGAGCACUGUGGACUUGGAAGAGGAGAACGUUGAAGAGGAGGGCUCGAUCUUAAGCCGACCCAAGGAGAUCCCUCACAAUGAGAAGCUGCUGUCUCUCAAAUAUGAGAGUCUCGACUAUGACAACAGUGAGAAUCAGCUGUUUUUGGAAGAAGAAAGGCGGAUGAGCUACAUGGGCUUCAGGUGCCUGGAGAUCAGCCGCUGGGUGGUGUGUGGGUUGAUCGGUUUUCUGACGGGACUCAUCGCCUGCUUCAUCGACAUCGUGGUGGAGAACCUGGCCGGCGUCAAGUACCACGUGGUCAAGCAGAACAUUGAGAAGUUCACCGAGGUCGGAGGCCUGUCCAUCUCGCUCAUCCUGUGGGCGGUGCUGAACUCGGCCUUCGUCAUGGUGGGCUCCAUCAUCGUAGCCUUUUUCGAGCCCAUUGCGGCAGGCAGCGGCAUCCCGCAGAUAAAGUGCUAUCUGAACGGAGUUAAAAUCCCUCGUGUGGUGAGACUGAAGACCCUUGUGGUGAAGGUGGGAGGGGUGAUUUGUUCUGUGGCUGGCGGCCUGGCAGUUGGAAAGGAAGGGCCCAUGAUCCACUCAGGCGCUGUGGUGGCUGCCGGCGUGUCCCAAGGCCGGAGCACCUCACUGAAGAAGGACUUCAAGAUCUUCGAGUACUUCCGGAGGGACACGGAGAAGAGGGACUUUGUGUCGGCAGGUGCAGCCGCCGGGGUGUCAGCGGCAUUCGGCGCUCCUGUCGGCGGGGUUCUGUUCAGCUUGGAAGAGGGGGCCUCCUUCUGGAACCAGAUGUUGACCUGGCGAAUAUUCUUCGCUUCCAUGAUGUCGACCUUCACCCUCAACUUCUUCCUCAGCAUCUACCACGAGAAGCCGGGGGACCUCUCGAGCCCGGGUCUCAUCAACUUUGGCCGCUUUGACAGCGAUAGCGUGGAGUACAACCUGUAUGAGAUUCCCCUCUUCAUCUGCAUGGGAGCUAUAGGAGGACUGCUUGGAGCACUGUUUAAUGUCUUAAACUACUGGCUGACUAUUUUCAGAAUCAGGUACAUCCACCGGCCCUGCCUGCAGGUCAUGGAGGCCAUGCUGGUAGCAGCGGUGACGGCCACAGUCUCCUUUGCCAUGAUCUACUUCUCCAACGACUGUCAGCCCCUGGGACCAGACCAGUCCGAGGAAUACCCCCUGCAGCUGUUCUGCGCAGACGGCGAGUACAACUCCAUGGCGACAGCCUUCUUCAACACGCCAGAGAGGAGCGUCCGCAGCCUGUUCCACAACCCGCCCGGGACGUACAACCCCCUGACGCUGGGCGUCUUCACGCUCAGCUACUUCUUCCUGGCCUGCUGGACGUACGGCCUGACCGUCUCCGCCGGAGUGUUCAUCCCGUCCCUGCUGAUUGGCGCGGCGUGGGGCCGGCUGUUUGGCAUCCUGCUGUCUGCCAUCACCUCCAGUGGCUCCAUUUGGGCGGAUCCAGGCAAGUAUGCCCUGAUUGGUGCAGCUGCCCAGCUCGGAGGCAUUGUCCGAAUGACACUCAGUCUGACGGUCAUCAUGGUGGAGGCCACUGGGAACGUCACCUAUGGGCUUCCCAUCAUGCUUGUCCUCAUGACUGCUAAGAUUGUGGGUGAUUACUUUGUGGGGGGUCUGUACGACAUCCACAUUAAACUGCAGAGUGUGCCCUUCCUGGACUGGGAGGCCCCGGCCACCUCUCAUUCCCUGACCGCCAGGGAGGUGAUGAGCUCCCCGGUGACGUGCUUCAACCGGAUCGAGAAGGUGGGGAGGAUUGUGGACAUCCUCAGCAACACGUCUACCAAUCACAACGGCUUCCCCGUGGUCCCCAGAGUCAAUGAAAACAACGAGCCGGGGAGACUCUGUGGUCUGAUACUGCGCUCCCAGCUCAUUGUCCUGCUGAAGCACAAGGUGUUUGUGGAGAGGGCCCACUCCCGCCUCAAGCAGCGGCGGCUCCAGCUGAAGGACUUCCGGGACGCCUACCCCCGCUUCCCCCCGAUCCAGUCCAUCCACGUGUCCCAGGACGAGCGCGAGUGCAUGAUGGACCUGACCGAAUUCAUGAACCCCACUCCCUACACCGUGCCCCAGGAGACAUCCCUCCCGCGUGUCUUCAAGCUUUUCCGUGCCCUGGGCCUGAGGCACCUGGUGGUGAUCGACAGUGAGAACAGGGUUGUCGGACUGGUGACGAGGAAGGACCUGGCCCGGUACCACCUGGGCAGGCACGGCCUGGAGGAGCUGCAGCUGGCGCAGACGUGAUGCGCAGGCGGCAGUCCAGGAGGCUGCAGGAACUGCGCCGGUCGCCCACUGCCUACCCCACAAACCACCACCCACACACCGGAGGACUCUGGGAGCUGGCCAGAGCCUCGGUGCCCUCAAAAGGUGCCAAAUCAGACUACCAGACUACCACGCA